AUAUUCUUCCUUAGCCUUUAAGGAAGUAGUAUUUCUAUCUAAUGUCUUGCAUAAUCCCACAUCCAUCGUCCUGGACCCAAUGUGGAUUUCCGAUAUUACCUUUUUUUUCACAGAUGAUGUUGUACCUUGCAUUGCUUAGUCUCGAUUUCAAUGAGUUGGCCGUCCAAGUAUGCUUUAUCACAUUGGCUGGCUACCACUGGCUGUUAGCUGGCGGAAAGUGCCCCAGGAGAUUCUAGCGUCCUGUGGGCGUUCGCAUCGGUAUUCAGGUCAGUCAGGGUCAGUCUCAGCCACACAACAGGCCACAACAAGCUUCUCAAUUAAAUUUUCGAUGUCACUUCGCGGCGUAAGGCAAUAAUAAUGCUUUCGUUCUUACCAUUCACUUGCAUAGUUCAUCAUCAUCGAACAUCACUGAACAUUGAUGAAAGUCCAUGUUUCUUUUCUCAAAACUAAAUUGGAAAUUGUCAAUUCUAGUUUGGUGACUGACAGCGAUGCAAAAAUUAAGCUCAACACAAAGUGAAAAGAAGUACGGAUCCCGUCAUCACUCGGGUGCAAAAAAUUCUGAACGUUAUCCACGGAUCCCUAUAAACUGACA